AUGCACGCUACGCACAACAACGUGUGUCUGGACGCAGACCCGACCGAUGGCCAGUCGCGGCUGCAAGUCUGGAGCUGCGCGCCGGUCGGAACCAACCCGAACCAAUUUUUCGGUCUCACGAGCGUCACCGCCGAGCCUGCGACACUUACGUCGCUGAGUGGGCUUCGCUUUGGCGCCAACGUCGGCAGCGGAAGCGUGGGUUUUGGAUCUGGUGCGAGCGUCUGGAACUUCAACUUUAUGACGGGGCAGAUUGUGGCGCAAGGAUCCAUCCAGUGCUUGGACGCGUACCAAGCGCAGAACGGCGGGGCGGUGCACCUCUGGCAAUGCGACGCGGCCAACGGCAACCAAAAAUGGAUCUACGAACCGACGACGGGGCAGCCCGAGCUGAUUCGCAGCGCACACGACGACCCAAGAGAGCAUCGACAAUGA